AUGUCUCUUAAGGCAACCGACAUUACCGUAGGGGACAGAGCGCUACACCGUCCAUUAUGCAAGCUUAGCAAAGAGGACAGUCGAGUGCUACUUAAGAGCCAAGAAAGUAAUGAGUCGCUACCGCUGGACUCGAAGACGGCGAUCCCGUCCGCACAUGUGCCACCCGUGUGUGCAACUCGCACGUGCCCCACACACGCCUCAGAGAAGCCGCACAACAGGACGAAGAGCGGCGAGCGAGCCCUAGUCGACUUCCUAGCCCACUCGCUGACAGAGGUGGUGGCGCCGCCUUUUAUCCCUACGGAGCGGGAACACAACUUUUUCAUGAGUAACGCGGACAAUCAGUGCAGUGGCGACAGCAGCACGCAGAUGAUGGUCAGAUUAGGACUCGACAAUGCGCAAACCUCUACAGACCCUUUCGACGCUGUGAUUGUGCACAGAAUAAUCGAGACAGAAGACGUGGGGAUCUCCGUGGCAGGUACGCAGGACACCACUGGCGUGAGUUCCGCAGCACCUUCAAUCACACCGGACAGUAGAGGCACUCCGCUUCAUCAGGAACAGCUCGCUCCGGACGCGAAGACGCCGGAGCACGGCUAUCGGCAAAACAAGCGCCGCCUUUCCCUCGUUGCAACAGCGCCACCGUUUGACGCGAUGAGAAAGCAGCAGUGGAACUUAAUCAACCGGGGGCGUGACCAGACGCUGCCCCUGUACAAGUUCGAGGAAAUACCGCCUUGGCAGAAGUAUAAUUCGUACAUUGGCAGCCGCUACCGGGCCUUCUACACAGCUCAGAUGUGUUUCAAGAGCCUCUUCGGCUGGCACAACGAAACCAUCAACGUGUACUCGCACGUUCUCACUUUUCUCGCCUUUCUUGUCUUCACCGCGCUACUGUACACCACGGUGCUCAGCAAAGCCAUCACCAUGCCGUCGCUCAGCGCGUCUAAGUUAGUAUACGGCAUCUUCUGCUUCGGCUCCCUCAUGUGCAUGCUAAAUAGCUCCAUAUAUCAUCUCUUCAACGGUCACUGCAGCUACCGCGUCAUCACGGCGAUGGGACGGCUGGACUAUAUAGGUAUCACAGUUCUCAUCGUCUCCAGCUUCUUGCCUCCGCUGUACGUCAUGUUCCACUGCAACCCAGUCGCGCGAACCGUCUACAUUACGGCGAUCUUGGUGCUCGGCACAGUCGGCAUCAUCGGCCCGUGGACAGAUGCGUUUUAUGAGCACAUGUGGGUGCGGGUGAGUGUGUUCCUUGGUCUGGGUUUUAGCGGCCUGGCGCCCGCCCUCCACAGCCUCACGAUUAUGCCAAUGAACGCAGUGAGCACGCCGAUGUUCCUCGGAAUGUUACUGAUGGUGCUUCUCUACUGCUCCGGCGUGGCGUUCUACGUAACGAAGUUCCCUGAGUCUCGUUACCCAGGCCACUUUGACUGCUGGCUCUCCAGUCAUCAGUUGUGGCACUUCUUUGUCUCUAUGGGAGCCCUGGUGCAUUACUUCAACUGCGUCAGCAUGUAUCAGCUGUGGCAAGUGAGCGAUGGCAUGUGCGGAUGA